AUGAGGUAUCUGCAGCUUGGUCUGGCAUUUGCCGGAUUCCAAUGCCUGCUCGUUGCGGCCGUCGAGGUCGUUCAGGUCGGCCCCAAUGCCAAUAUUGACCACGGCAAAAUCAAAUACACGAGGCCGGGGUCAGACUUUGAGGAGAGCUUUGGCUGCGCCGAGGGCAGCGGCAAGGGCCUCACGUUUAGCCGCGACAAGCAGUAUGUUGCUUGCUGUGCUCCUGGCCAGCAUCUGGGGGGCAGCCAGUCCACGCAGUUCCAAUGCUGUGGCGAGGGACACGACGUUGCUGGCUCGGAUGCCCAUGGCUAUCACUGCUGCCCGACGGGGAUGAGUUAUGACGGCAAGAUGUGUCACGAGGGCCAGGGUCAAGGAGGGAAUCACGACCAUUCCCACGACGGCCAUGACCAACCACAGGCGAUACUAACUAGAGGCGGAGGCGGCGGCGGCGGCGGCGGAGGAGGAGGAGGAGCCGGUGAUAAGAGCGGCAGCAGUGGCGGAGGAGGAGGAGGAGGAGGAGGCGGAGGUAAUAACGGCGGCGGUGGAGGGGGAGGCGGCGGUCAUAACGGUGGUGGUGGCGGAGGAGGAGGUCAUAACGGCGGAGGCGGUGGAGGAGGAGGAGGUCAUAACGGCGGCGGCGGAGGAGGAGGAGGAGGAGGUGACGGAGAUGAAGGAAACGGGAAUGGCAAAAACCCUCACAACGGAACCCAAGGCUGGUGUCAGAGCCCAGAAACCUGCAGCUCAGGAGUCGACACAGGAAAAUGCUACCUCUUCAAGAUGGAAAACGGGCAGUACCUCGGCUACGACAGCCGGCCCGGCGUCAAGGCCUACACGGCCGGGCAGGACAGCGCGACGCACCACAUGGGCAAGUUCCGGUUCUGCAAGGACCAGAACUGCACCAGGGGCUGCGCCGUCAACCCGGGCGAGGGCUUCGCCAUCCUCGACAUCCACGGGGCCUCCAACACGGGCGCCGAGGCCAACAACUUCCUCGACGCCAAGCCCAACGGGGGGCACAUUGGCAAGACGCCCGACUACAAGACGGCCGGGCGCUUCACCAUCACCAAGUGGACGUGCGGCAAGUACUGCCUCGGGGGCGCGGGCAACCAGGGCGUUGGGCCGACGUGUCCGAGCCUGGAGCCGGCGCUGACGUUUAACACGCUCGAUGCGCAGUCGUGUCUGCCCUUGACGCUGGUCGAGGUGCCGUGCGAUGUGCGGGAUCGGAAGAAUAACUGUCGCUGGGAUAAGACGCCGGGGAGCUGUGGUCCGGGAGACAGCAGCCACUGUCAUUGUAACAAGUAG